AGCCUUUUCAUAUCCACCAGAAAACAAGCUUUCUGAGGAAUAUUCGCAGAUCUAAGGAGGAAGGGGGAAGGCGCUCUUUAUGAGAUGUAGGACUUGCCCAGCUGGGCGCCAGCUCCCUGCCUCCUUAGGUCCUGGCUCUGAGCUGUUUUCAUCUCCUCCUGCUCGCCUAAAUGAGGCUGCUUCCCUGAAGCUCUGUUUCAAGUGGAAGAAGAAACAAAGCCCUGUGGAAUUCAUGCGUCUGCUGGAGGGCCAUGACUCCUGGCUUGGUGUUUGUGGUACCUUUGUAUUCUUGUUAGAUUCUUUUGAAGCCACUUUCACUUUGAACUGCAAUACACCAGAAGACUUGUUUGGCAUGAAAGGAACAAGAAGGCUGACCCUUCAAGAGUACAAGAGGACUCCUCCUGUCUGUUUGCCUGCUGAGCUGGGCCAUCAGUUUCUUCCUGCCUUUAGACUUGACCUGAAGUAUCUGCUCUUCUUGGGUCUCAUGCCAAGAGUUCCAGAUGGCUCACCAGUGCUUCCAAGAAGAAUAUUUUGACAGUUUGCUGCGUGCUUGCAAACCAUGUCACCUUCGGUGUUCCAAAUUCCCUCCUCCACCCUGUCAGCGCUACUGCAACGCAGGUACAGCUCCUUCAGUGAAAGGAACGAAUGCUAUUCUCUGGGCCUGCUUGUUCCUGAGCUUGAUAGUUUCUUUGGCAGUUUUUGUGCUGAUGUUCUUGUUAAGGAAGAUGAACUCCGAGCCACUAAAGGAUCAAUUUAAAAACGCAGAAUCUGUUCUGCUGGAUGCAGCGGUUAAUGCUGGCCUCGAUGAUAGCAAGACCCACGAUGAAAUCAUUCUUCCGAGAAGCCAGGGGUACACAGUCGAAGAAUGUAUCUGUGAAGACUGUGUUAAGAGCAAACUAAAGGUUGACUCUGACCAUUUCUUCCCGCUCCCAGCCUUGGAGGAGGGUGCAACCAUUCUUGUCACUACGAAGACAAAUGACUACUGCAAGAGCUUGCCAGCCACUUCAAGUGUCAUGGAGAUAGAGAAAUCAAUUUGUACUAAAUAAUUAACCUUUUGUUUGGUGUAGAGCUACCUUGAGAAUCUUCUCAGAAGGAAACAAUGAAUCUGUUUAGGAUAAUUGUAUUUAUUAGCUGCUAAUACAAACUUUUUGUUCUGUAAAUCUGGAAAGCCUCCACUCUAGAUAUAUUCACCUAUCUUGUUGUUGGGCCUUAAUUGGAAAAUUCUUUGGUGUCACGAUUAAACUCUUGACGCAGUGGAAAAAAGUUAUUGCAA